AUGAGUAUGCUUCCACGAGAAGAAAACAAGAGAGAAACGUAUGGGUAUGGUAGUAAAGUUGCGAUUCUGGCAAUUCCAAAUGGCUAUUCUGAAGUCGAAAGCAAAUACGAGGCCAAACACUUCCGUUUUCUAACGCAAACAAAAUGCCCAUGUGCCCAGAUGACGUACUACGAUUUCGACCCAGAAAAUGGCUUGCUCAUUGGGCGAUACGCCCGAACGAGAAAAACGACAUCGUUCUCAGAAAAUCGACGACGACCACGACGAUAG